UUAUCUCAUCUCAACUCAUUAUUCAAAUAGUACCUUAAUAUACAUCACUUUCAUCUUAUUUUUAUUAUUAUAUUGUGUUGAUGUGGUAUCUAUCUAUCAACUAUUAACUACUCUUAUUUUUUAAAAAAAUAAUAAAUUUAAUUCCUAAUUGAUAAUGUCAUAUCUAGUGAGAUAGAUUGGAUUAAAAUAAAGAUGUAAUAUACAAUAUUUGUAAUUUGGAGGGUCAUAUUGAAAAUCUUGAUACUCAUAUUGCUAACAUGUAAAUAAGCCCCGGAUAAUACUUUGUCAUGUGCCUCCAAAUUUUUGUGGAAAUGGUCCCGGUCGCUUGUGGAUUUGCCCGCGGUGAGAAUGAGUGGUUUUCAAAAUAGACAAUGUUUUAGAUAUAAAAGAAAUUUAUAAAUUAACGUAUGGUAUGGUAUGUCAUAUUAUAAAAUAUUUAAUUUAUUAUAAAAUAGAUUUAACAAUAAAACUUAUUUUAUUUUAAUUAUAAUAUGUAUUAUUUUUUUAAAUAUUUAUUAUUAUAUCUGUAAAGAAGCAUGCGAAAGUGGAGAACACAAUCGACCAAAUCAAAAGGAAAUGUCCAAAAUGUGAUCGAAACCCCACCCUUUCCUGAUGGAUAGGCAGUCAAACCAAGACGAGUGAAUUCUGAGAUGGUGGGGUCGGCAAAGCUUGGCUAGUAAGUAAUAAGUUGAUGCCUCACUCGGAAGUUUCCAUGAUCAACCCAAAAGCAAAACAAUGUUCGGUGCUAAAGAGAACAUUUUCAAUUAAAAUAACUUUAAUUAUCAACAUAUUUUAAUUUUAUUAUUACAGUAAUAAAAAAUAACCCAUUUUUGCCAAACUCAAAAGAUUUUCCGCAACAUAUUAUUUUUUAAAUCCUAAUAAAAAUAUCUCUAUUUUUUUUUCUUCUCAAUAUAAACCUUUUUUUUCAUUAUUUUUUUAUUUUUAUUUUUUAUUUUUUUAUUAUUAUUUUUAUUUUUAUAAUUUUCCACGACAUAUUAAUGGCCAAUCCAAAACUCGCUUUCCCCUGUGGCUGCAGAGCGGCUUCUUAAGUAAGCUGAAGGCCAUGACCUGUUGACCUGUCCCAGACUCUCGAGUCAUUGGAAUGCUGCUAUAAUAAAUCAAAGCUAUCUAUACUUCUUUCUCGUUUCUGUUACAAUUGCUGUGUUUAUUCUUUCUCAUCCUUCUCUGGGUUGUCUAUUGCCUUCCAUUUUUAUUUUAAUUUUUGUAUUAAAAAUUUGGAAGUUCAAAGAGUUUGCGAGCACGACAAUAAGGGAAAUGGAAUCAAUAGUGGGAUACAGAUUCCACCCAACCGAUGAAGAGCUCGUCGACCAUUAUCUCAAGCUCAAAAGACUCGGCAAGGAUGUCCAUGCCAUUGCUGAAGUCGAUGUCUGCAAGUGGGAACCUUCAGAAUUACCCGGGUUUUCGGUGAUCAAGUCAGAUGACCAAGUAUGGUUCUUUUUCUGUCGCCGUGAAUUGAAGUCCUCGAGCAGUCGCCGGAUGAACAGGGCGACCAAAUCCGGAUAUUGGAAAGCCACCGGUAGGGAUAGGAAAAUCAGGGCCAAAGGCACCAACAAGGUGAUUGGUACAAAGAAGACUCUGGUGUACCACAUAGGUCGUGUGCCUAGUGGGAAGAGGACCAGCUGGGUUAUGCACGAGUAUCACUCAACCAGCAUUCAUCCUUACCAGAAGGACUUUGUUCUCUGUCGCUUAAAGAAAAAACCAGAUGUGAAGACUGAUGUCUCAACUUGUCAUGAAGUUGAAGCAAGCAGCUAUACUGCCUCUGAUUUUGAAAGUCAAGCUCCAGAUGAUUCAAUUUUCGAGGUUUAUAUUCAGCCAGGAGCAGACGAGGAAUUAUUCAUUCAGUUUCAGCCAACUCUUUCGGUAGAGGAUUUUGACAUUGAUUCCCCACUGCAGUUGCCAGUAUCCAAUAUACAAGGAUCCUCUUUCAUCGAUCCUGUAUUUCCCUACAGCAAUAACAAUGAAUUGAAUUUGACGCAAUUGCAGUCUGACAGAGAUGAUGAACAAGAAGAGUAUAACACACAAUUCUCCAAUUCCCUUCUUGUUGACCCGGAUGAAAACCCCCAGGAAGAAAUAAGGCACUUCCGUGACAUCAGGUCACCGGAGUCAUUACAAAAGGUGUACAUAGUUGAUGGUGGACCAAGCAGUGACACAGACACUGACACUGCCCAAGCACGGCGUGUCCUUUCAAUGGGAACUUCAAGCUUGUUUGAUGGGGUGAAACAUCGAUCUGAAAUAGUAAAUCCAUCCUUAGCUAUUCAUGAUGCUCUUGUGAACGCGUUUCGUCCUUCAAUCAAUUGCAUUACGAGAGUCAGGCCAAAAUCUCCUCCAAAAGUAAGAGCCUCCACACCUCAACAUCAGCAUAGAUUGCGCCAGUUUGCUGGACAAAGAGUUGCACAUGGAAGAGUCAAGUUGCAGUAUAACAAUUCGCACAGAAUAGUAUCCCAUGACAAGGCCAAAGAUGCUUUAAGAGACAGUAUUACAGCUAGUCUGCCUGAGAAGGAAACAUCCAUUAUGGACUCUGACAAAGAGCAGAAAAUGGCUCAAUGCACCAGUACAAAUAAGAGUUUCAAGUCAACAACAUUGGAUUCAGCUGGGAGUGAUCGGAAGGGUUAUUUCAUUUUCAUGGAGGCAUCUCAACAAAGCCAUGUAUCUAGUCCGCCCUCCCUAUAUCUGUUCAAACUACUGUUUGGUUUAUUUUUAUUCCUGAUUUUUAUUCGGGAGGUGGUGGUGUAUGGGAUGUGAUGCUAAACUUACUCCCUGGCCCCCAAAAAAAUAAAAAACAGGCAUGUUAUUGUGAUGUGAUGAAACCUUUAUACACUAGUAUAAGUGAUGCUUUCAGCGUUGUGCUUUUGAAGCGAAGGCAUAGAGGUUUUCUUGCUCUCUUUUUCAUUGUAUAGUUUCAGGAGCCUUGUAUGCUAUUUUUGAGGGAUUUGCAGGAGACUCAAAUGUGUUUUGCCAUUUUUCUUGA